AUGCAGACUGCUUCAACAAACAUUUGUGAAAGAAUGGGUCGCUCUCAGGAGCUCAGUGAAUUCAAGCGUGGUACCGUAAUAGGUUGCCACCUGUGUAAUAAGUCCAUCCGUGAAAUUUCCUUGCUACUAAAUAUUCCACAGUCAACUGUUAGUGGUAUUAUAACAAAGUGGAAGCAACUGGGAACAACAGCAACUCAGCCACAAAGUGGUAGGCCAUGUAAAAUGACAGAGCGGGGUCAGCGCAUGCUGAAGUGCAGAGUGCAGAAGUCACCAACUGUCUGCAGAGUCAAUAGCUAAAGACCUCCAAACUUCAUGUGGCCUUCAGAUUAGCACAACAACAGUGCGUAGAGAUCUUCAUGGAAUGGUGAAGGCCCCUUCCUGUUCCAACAUGACUGCACACCAGUG